AUGGCGAUUGAUCAUGACUACUGUUCAGCCUCCGACCCGUCGGCCCUUGGGCAAAACGAAGACCUCCGCGAGGAGAUGCAGCGAUCGAGGACACAGGUGGAAGAGUUGUCUGUCCGCAAGCAUUUCUGUUUGGAGAGAUUUGCAGCCACCGCCGACGACAUACUGUUCUACACAAGGUAGGUUAAUAUAAUACUAUUACUGUUAGCUAUAGGCCUACAUUUUAUAAAAUUUUGCAAUGAGCAUGGCAGCUGUAGUUUCGUUAGUGACCUGACACAGGUUCCUUGGGUUUUGUGUGUGUAUGUGUGUUACACUAAUAUUACAACUGCUGUCAGGACCUUCGGUCUCUGUGGGCUACUCUGGGGAAAAGACCAGAAGGGAACACACUCAGGCCCUACUGUAGGCUUGUUUUUCUCAGUGGUGUAAAGUACGUAAGUAAAAAUAUUUGAAUGACUACUUAAGGAGUUUUUUGUGGUAUCUGUACUACUUAUAUUUUUGACAGCUUUUACUUCACUAUAUUCCUAUAAAGACAAUAAUUUACUUUUUACUCCAUACAUUUUCCCUGACACCCGAAAGUACUAGUUACACUUUGAUUGAUUAGCAGGAAAGGAAAAUGGUCAAAUUCAACCACAAGAGAACAUCCCUCGUCACCCCCACUGCCUCUGAUCUGGUGGACUCACUGAACACAAAGGCUUCGCUUGUAAAUUAUGUCUGAGUGUUGGAGUGUGCCCCUGGAUAUCCACAAAUAAAAAAGUAAGUACAAAAGGGAAAAUAAAUAAACAGAAUCUCUGUCUGGCUCUCUCCCUCCAUCACUCUGUAUGUUAUGCCACAGUAAGGGUUAUUCAGAGGGAUGGUUCACUGGUUGCAAUAUUAUGUUAUUUCUAAUCUAUUUCUAAAUGUAUUCAUUAUAAUAUGUUCCAACUUUCGCAUAGGUUUGCAACUCAUGCCCACCUAAUGGCCUUCUGGAAGCUCAUCGAACCAGACACACACAAGAUGAUUAGUGUAGAAGAACAAGGAGGUCACAUUCCCAAGCAAUGCAAAGGUAAAUACAAUCUUUCUUAAACUGUUUUUGUCAAAGUGGCUGUCUUUUUAAAAGAAACACCACAGCAGCAGCAUCAGUCUAUAUAAUGUAGUGCAAAUGUUAGUGCCCUACUGAUCUUUAACAAACAGCAAUAUCACUGUCACAAGCCUGGUUCCAUCUUUCAUUCAAAGCCAACUGGAAUAAUGAUAUUAACUCCUGGGUUAAGGAGAGAUAAUGCUGUGAAUGGUUCACGGAAUUGUUAUUGAGGCAUGAUUUCUCUUCCCUCUAAGGCAGUGGUAUUCAAACCUUUUCAGCGGGGACCCCAUUUUGUUUUGCUAGAAUUUCUGGGGACCCCAUUUUUUUGCCAGAAUUUCUGGUGACUCUACCCCUUAAACCUUAAAAUCGGUACAUUUAGAUUUUUACAUCAACAAAUAACCUUCAAUUCAUUACAUUUUGAUCUCUCUUAUCAACUUAUCUUUCCACAAAACGUUUGUAUAUUUUUGUUCCAACCCCGACUUUGAAUACCACUUCUCUAAGGGCUAAACCUUUUUUGUUAUAGUAUUGGAUGUUCAUGUACAUUUUGCUUAUGUAUGUUUUCACUUUCUUCAACAGACAGUUCUGCAGCCCAUAGAUUAAUUAUUCCUCUUCAUGACACACCUCUCUGUGGGUUUGAAGCAGAGGGAUUUGUUUCACAGAUUUAACAUCAACCAGUCCACUGUGAGUCGAAUCAUCAUCACAUGGGCCAACUUCCUCUACGCAUUGCUUGGUGUCAAGUGUCUCUGGAUGUCAGAGGAAGAAGUGAAGGCUCACUUACCAGUGCCUUGUAAGGUACAUGACCAGCUUUCCUCUCAAAGAGGACCCAGAUGCCAGCCUUAGAUGUGCGUCAGACCCAGUCAAUCACCCGAUUGAGAGUUCAUAUGGAGAGAUGUAUCAGGAGGGUGAAGGAGAAGAACUCUUCGACACCGUCAUCCCGCUCUCCAUCACAGGUAGCAUCAACCAGCUAUACUCGGUUGCAUGCUUCCUGGUCGACUACCAGAAUGGACCUCUGGUCAAAGCCUGGGCAAAGGAGAAGUGA